AGCCUGAACCAGCAGAGCCUGAGCCAGGAGACCCUGAGCCAGUAGAAGAGCCUGAUCCAGUAGAAGAGCCUGAACUAGCAGAGCCUGAAGCCGUAGAGCCUGAACCUUCAGGGAAACCUGAAUCAGUAAGGCCAGAACCAGCAGAUGAAGAACCAGUAGAGCCUGAACCUUCAGGUGAGCCUGCACCAUCAGAGCCUGAACCCGCAACGUCUGAAGAACCUAAACCACCAGAACCAGAAGAGCCUGAACCAGCAGAGCCUGAACCAGCAGAGCCUGAACCGUCAGAGGAGCCUAAACGAGUAGAGCUUGAAUCCGCAGAGCCUGAACCUGCACAUCCUGAACCCACAAAACCUGAACCAGCAGAACCUGAACCAGCCGAGAGAGUACCAGCAGAGCAUGAAGAAACUGAAUUAGCAAGGCCUGAACCAGCAGAGCCUGAAGAGCCUGAGCCAGUAAAAGAGCCUGAACCAUUAGAGCCUGAACCAGCAAAGGCAGAACAACUAGCAGACCAUGAAGAACCUAAACCAGCAGAUAGUGGUGUGCCUGAACCAGCAGAGCCUGAGCCAGCAGAGCCUGAGCCAGUAGAGCCUGCACCAGCAGAUUCUGAAGCAGCAGACCCUGAACCAGCAGAACCUGAACCAGUAGAGCCUGAACCAGCAGCACCGGAAGAAUCUGAUCCAGAAGAGCCUGAGCUAGUAGAAAAGCCUGAGCCAGCAGAACUUGAACCAGCAGAGAGAGAACCAGCAGAGCAUGAAGAAACAGAACUAGCAGGGCCUGAAGCAGCAGAGCCUGAACAACUAGCAGAGCAUGAAGAACCUAAAUCAGCUGAACCUGGGCCUGCAGAACCUAAACCAGCUGAGCCUGAACCCGCAGAGCCUAAACUAUUAGAGCCUGAACCAGCAGAACCUGAGCCAGUAGAACCUGCACCAGGAGAGCCUGAACUGGUAGAGCCUAAACUGGUAGAGCCUGAACCAGGAGAGUCUGGACCAGCAGCACAGGAAGAACCUGACCCAGCAGAGCCUGAGCCAGUAGAAGAGCCUGAACCAGCAGAGCCUGAACCAGCAGAGCCAGAACCUUCAGGAGAGUCUGAGCUAGUAGAGCCUAAAGCAGCAGAUCCUGAAAUAGCAGAGCCUGAACCCACAAGCCUGAGCCAGCAGAACCUGAACCAGUAG